AUGUCGUUCGAAAAAAAGCAGCGAGUUAUGCUAAUAUUAUGCCUAAUCUUCGGAUUAUGGCAUUUUGCAACCCAAUGGACCACAACACUUUUGUCAUUUCUUCAAUGGGACACUGAAGAAGUUAUGACAAUCACAGAUUUAGGAUAUAUUCAAGCAUUCGGAAGUUUGUGUAAUGCUGUUGGUGCAUUGGCUGCUGGACAAUUGGCCGAUUCGAUGGGUGCAAAAACAAUGUUCUUAACUUCAGCUGUAUUCACAGCAAUUUAUUAUUCGGGUAUUUCACUGGCUCGUUCGUGGUAUUCAUUCUUCUUCCUUCAAAUCUUCCGAUUCGGUUAUCAAUUAGAUGGAACAGCUGAGAUGUAUUUGGCGACAGUUACAACAGAAAGUGAACGAACCGGAGCAUUGAUGAGACUAACAAUUCCACAAGCUAUGGCAAUGUUUUUCGGUCCAAUCGUUGGUUCAAAAGUUGCAGCGUGGACAACUCUUCGCACUUCUCAAUUUAUUGUUGGUAUCGUCCUUCUUGUCACAAUGCUUCCAGUCGUCCAAUUUUUAUUACCAACAACACAUUCGAUUCCAAGAUUGGCUUCUGCCCGACUCCGCCCACAAGAUUAUUGGCACAUGAUUUCAAAAAACUCGAGUCUCAAGGAAGGACUAAUGAUCCGCGCAUUGCUCAUCUCAGCCUACGUUUGCUACGAAAUGAUCUCGCGUAAUUUCUUGCUCCGUGAAUAUAUGCACAACACAAAUGACAGUGCCUAUGUUCUAUUGACAAUGUCCGCUGCUCUCCUUGCUGUUCAAUUCAUUAUUAUGCCAUUGGUUCAAAAUCGUACCUCACCAAAACGUUUAUUGCAAGUUUCAUUGAUCGGUUUGGCUGUCAGUUACUUUUCGGCCUCAUUUGCAACAAGUUUCGAGCAAAUGUUGGUUAUCACAGCAGUUCAAACAGGAGCCUACGCUGUCGCUUAUGCUGAAUCCUCAACACAAAUCACCACGUGAGUAAUUUCGAACCGAGAUUUUUUGGGAAAACAUUUUUGAAGUUUUUGGUCGUAAAACUAAUACGAUUCGAAAAAAAGUUGAAAAAUCAUGGGUUUUUGGAUCUCAGGGUCACUGGUUCGACCCCCGGUACCCGCUCCUCCUCGAUUUACCUAGAAUGGUAAAUGGUUUUACCAAUAUACAUUUCAGAUAUCCAGAAGCCUGGGCAUAUUUUUCAGGGUUCUAGACUUCUUUAGAAGAAUUUUCCAUUCCAGGGGCCGAACUCAUAAAAGUGGUAUACCAAAAACUUCUGAACAACAUUUUUUGGUACGCCAAAUUUUUCACUUUUAUGAAUUCGGGGUGGAUUUUUCAGACUUUUAGACUCUAGAGACUUCCAAAAUCCAAAAAAAAUAAUCAAAAAAAAAUUCCAGCGCUGUCGAAUUAACCGACUUGGGAAAAGCAACCGGUUUGGCAUCGAUGGUCCAAUGGCUCACACAUUUCAUCCUUCCAAUCUACGCUUCACAACUUGUAGAGGUAAGGGUUGGGUUUUCCGGGGUUUUUCACAGGUGUACCCUACCCGCUCUCCUAAUCCCACUUCCCCAAACUUCCCGCCCGCCGGUCCCCAGAUUCCCACACCCACCCAACCUUCCCACAUCCCCUAAAAAUCCCAAUUUUCUAGCAUCUCCACUACACCUACGCCUUCUACACCUCAACAAUUCUCUCCGGCGCUCUUUUCGUCUACAUUUCGCUAUACGGAAAAGAUACACCAAAUCGUUCGGGCGCACUUCUUCCAUCUCUCUCAGCCACCAAUUAUUAG